AUGUCUGGUCCAAUCUCAGCCCUCGUUGGCCAGCCACCACUCACCGCAGACGACAAAGCUAUCGUUCACGAGUGGCAAGUCCUGUUCAAGAUGGACAAGGCCGACCCCUCGAAGGGACUGAAGGUCGCUCUGAAACCACCUCCACCUGGAACACCUCAUGAUUCGGAUACAAAUAGCAUAGCCGCAGGUGCUGCUGUCAGUUUAGUACUGAUGCUUCUCUUUACCGUAACGAGGCUGGCGAUAAGGCUUGCGAAUCGAAGUCUUGCGUUUGGUGGUGAUGACUGGGCGAUUAUCUUGGGUCUCGUGUCCACUCCAGCCUUUGCACUCUUCUACAUCGCUCUGGCCGUGAUCAAAAUCUCAAUCGUUCUCUUCUAUAUGCGGCUCACCUCCUUCACGUCACGAGCCUGGGCGAAUUUCCACCGCAUACUCAUUGCCUUCCUCACUGUAUGCGCCACCAUCUCCCUCUUCAUAACAGUCUUCGAAUGCAAUCCUCCCAUCUACAACAACGUUCGCGAAAUUGGUCGCCGUAACAAGGCGCCCGAUUGUAUGCCAAUUCUCGAUCUUGUUAUCGGAUUCAACGUGUGGCAUAUCUUCUCGGAUUGUCUGUUGUUGCUGGUGCCGUUCGUGAUGCUUUGGCGGGUCCAGAUGAGUUGGUCGACCAAGUCCAAGGUCUGUGUAGCUGGCGUUGUCGGCUUCGCGAAUGUAGGACUUGCGCUUGCGAGGACGAUUGUGCAGGCCAUGGCGAAGCAAACAGGGUUUGAUCUUACCUAUUCGGCGACCCUAUCAGUCAAAUACUCCCUUGCCGAAUUGACCCUUGGAAUCAUGACGGCCAACCUGCCCGUCUUGAGUAUCCUAGCCAGUAAGACCGCGAAGAAACUUUCGUGGGCAGCUCUCUCGGAUGAAGGCUCUCCAGACCGUUCGUUUGACCGAAACGGGCAUGUACGUGCGAAGCGCUCUGAUCACUACAAGCGACAAUCCCACGAGAAGCCAGCGAUUGACUGUGAUCCCCGCCGAGGCUUCCGUGGUACGAAUCUCUCGAACCCCGGAGAGCCUACUGUACGGCAUGAUGUCGAGUAUGGCGCGAGUGAGGUCGAAGAAGUGCGAAGUAAUUCGGGCACGAAGGGUCCGACGCAAUGA